AUGUCUAGUGAACAAGGGGACCCGAUUCAUGGCCGAGAAAUUUACAACUAUUUCGGAAAUCGAGUUGUAGAAUCAAUAACAUCCGAAGGCAAUCUAGUCGCCGUCAAAGUCAAGCCAAAGGAAAUCAAGAAGGCAAUUCGAUUAGAAGCUCUGAUGCUGAAAUAUGCUUCUGAGCAGCCCGGUCUUCUAGUCCCCCGAUAUCGCGGCUGCUAUCGAGUUGGAAAGUACGACAUCGUGAUCGUCACUGAUCUUGUUCGGGGCACGUCUCUCGACAAAGUGUGGCAUGCGAUGAAUAAAACACAACAAGACUCCGUCAAAGAACAACUGAAAGAGCAAGUGCAACUUUUUAGACGUUGCACUCAGCCUUAUAUCGGACGCAUUGGCAACCACGAGGCGUCGAAUUUUUACGAGAGACUCGGUACUGGAUUUGAGUUCAUGGGUCCAUUUGAUUCCGAGGAGGAGUUUGAUAAUUGGUGUCUUCAGCGUGUGCGAUCAUCAUUUAGUCGGGCACUGUGGACACGACUCAUCACGAAAAUGCGUGGAUCGUCCGAGACCGAGUUUGUCUUAACCCACGGCGAUCUUUCGGCGCGGAAUAUUAUGGUUGAGGAUGGCAGAAUCACGGGGAUUUUGGAUUGGGAGCAUAGUGGGUUUUUCCCCAAAUAUGUGGAAUAUGCGGCCGCAAUGGAAAUUUGCGAUGGACAUGAGAAAUGGUGGAGGCCUGUUCUGAAAGAGGUUCUUGAGCCUUGUGGAGUGUUAAGGCUGAGGUUUCAAGCCAAGGUGAAGAACAGGGGGUGGUAA